AUGAUGGAGUUUGGACACUUCAUUCUUGUCAUUGUGAAAUUGGCCCGCUGUUCCACUAAUGAUGGCGAUUGCAACUUUGAGAAGUCAUUCACCACGUGUGGGUACAUGCAAGGCCGGGACGAUGACCUUGAGUGGGAACAAGCCAAUACCAGAGAAAAGCCUUCAUCAGAUCCAUGGAUGCCUCCAGGCGCAGCCUUCAUGAUGGUGAACACCUCAGGUCGGUUUGCGGGUCAGAAGGCUCUUCUCCUCACCCCCCAGCUGAAGGAGAACGACACCCACUGUGUCAUCUUUGAGUAUUUUGUGGCGGGCAGGGAGGGGGGAACCCCCGGUCACCUCAACGUGUACAUAAAAGAAAACAACAGUCCUAUGGGUUUGCCUGUGUGGAACACGUCUGGACCGCCCUCCCGAAACUGGAACCAGGUCGAACUGGCCAUUAGCAUCUACUGGCCAAACUUCUACCAGAUCGUGUUUGAAGUGGUGACCUCCGGGCAGCGCGGGAUGUUCGCCAUCAAGGAUAUCGUCCUCCAGGGCCAUCAGUGCAUGAAUACGCCACACUUCCUCCAUAUUAAAGGCGUGGAGGUGAACGCCGGUCAGACAGCCACGUUUCACUGCACCGUCAAUGGGGAAUGGAGAGACAACUUCAACCUCUGGCUACAGGGGAUCGGUGGAAGGGAGGCUCCCAUGAAGGCCACCAAACCAUGGAAUAACCAGCGCUUCAUCGGCAUGUUUGAUGUCCAGAACACCACCAAGAGUGACUCAGGACGUUAUCGCUGUAUCGUCCAGUCCAAUAAUGGUGUGGGAGCGUCCAAUUACGGAGAACUGACCAUUAAACAGCCUCCUGUGCCAAUAGCCCCUCCUCAGCUCACUGCGGUGGGCGCCACCUACCUGUGGAUCCAGCUGAACGCCAACUCAAUCAAUGGGGACGGCCCCAUCGUCAACCGUGAGGUGGAGUACCGCACUGUUUCUGGCACCAUGUACGACUUGCAACCCGUUGACAAAACCGCGCAUAAGAUUGGCCACCUGGACCCGGAUACCGAGUACGAGAUCAGCGUGCUGCUCACCAGGCCCCUGGAAGGAGGGACGGGAGCCCCUGGGCCUUCCAUCAGGGCUCGCACCAGGUGUGCAGAGCCCAUGCAUGGACCCAGGCAGCUGAAGGUCGUUGACAUCAAGUCCAGGCAGGUGACCAUUCGCUGGGAACCAUUUGGCUACAACGUCACCCGUUGUCAUAACUACAGCCUUACGGUGCAGUACCACUCACGAGGAGGGGGGAAAGAGGAGAAUCGGGAGGAGAUCCCGUACAACAAUCAAAACUCCAUCCCACAGUACACCAUCCAUAACCUGACGCCCUACACCAACCUGAGUGUCAAACUGGUACUCCGUAACCCUGAGGGAGUGAAGGAGAGCGCUGAACUUCACAUUCACACUGAUGAAGAUGUGCCUGGUGAGGUUCCUCUGGAGUCCAUACAGACCAUAGCUUAUGAGGACAAGAUUAUUCUGAAGUGGAGGGAGCCCGUUCAGACCUAUGGUGUUAUCACGCAGUACGAGAUCUCCUACAAGGCCGUCAGCUCAUUUGACCCCGUAUUGGACCUGUCCAAUCAGAGUGGGAAGGUGAUUAAACUGGGUAAUGAGACAUCUCACGUCUUUCUUGGGCUCUAUCCUGGCUCCACCUACUCCUUCACCCUUAGAGCUAGUACCGCCAAGGGCUUCGGACCUCCAGCCAUCACCCAGUCCACUACCAAGAUCUCAGCUCCCUCAAUGCCUGCAUAUGAUCAGGAGACGUCUCUGAAUCAGACAGACAACACCGUGACAGUCCUGCUGAAGCCUGCACAAAGCAGAGGGGCUCCCGUCAGUGUGUAUCAGGUGGUGGUGGAGGAGGAGAGACCACGGAGGGCUCGUGGUGGAGAGGCAGAGAUCCUCCGCUGUUACCCCAUUCCCAUCCACUUCCAGAACAGCACACUGCUCAAUUCCCAGUACUACUUCACGGCAGAGUUCUCCUCGGCAGGCCUGGCCACCCCCCAGCCCUUCACCGUCGGAGACAACAAGACCUACAGUGGCUACUGGAACGCACCCCUGCUGCCUCACAAAAGCUACAGCAUCUACUACCAGGCUGUCAGCACUGCCAACGGGGAAACUAAAAUCGACUGUGUGCGAGUUGCUACCAAAGCUGCCAUUCUGGUGACACAGCUCACUACUCCCUAUAUCCGCAUGGCUCCAGCAGCUGGUGACAACCAACUAACAGGGGCGGCCACGCAUAAGCCUGAUGCUGUCGAACCAGAGAAACAGACAGAUCACACGGUGAAGAUCGCUGGAGUCAUCGCAGGCAUCCUUCUUUUCGUCAUUAUCUUCCUCGGAGUGGUGCUUCUCAUGAAGAAGAGAAGAAACUAUCACUCCUACACUUAUUACCUGAAACUGGCUAAGAAGCGUAAAGAGACUCUAAGCAGCACUCGACAGGAGAUGACGGUCAUGGUGAACUCAAUGGACAAGAGUUACACGGAGCAGGGCACCAACUGCGACGAGGCCCUGUCUUUCAUGGACACGCAUAACCUUAACGGCCGCUCUGCAUCUUCACCAUCCUCUUUCACCAUGAAAACUAACACUCUGAGCACAACUCUCCCCAACUCCUACUACCCAGAUCCUUUUGUGCCAACUGCCAUCUUAGUUCCUAUUAAUGAUGAGACCCAGACAGUGGCAAGUGACACCAGCAGUUUAGUGCAGUCCCACACACACACACACUCAUCACACACACAUUCGUUCAAGAAGCGUGAGGCCAUGGACGUGCCUUACCAGACGGGUCAGCUUCACCCAGCGAUCCGAGUCGCCGACCUGCUUCAACACAUCACUCAAAUGAAGUGCGCGGAGGGAUACGGAUUUAAAGAAGAGUACGAGAUAAACGAGAGCUUUUUUGAGGGACAGUCCGCGCCCUGGGACUCCGCCAAGAAAGAUGAGAACCGGAUGAAGAAUCGCUAUGGAAACAUCAUUGCAUAUGAUCAUUCCCGUGUGCGGCUGCAGAGCCUGGAGGGGGAGCAGAGUUCCGAUUACAUUAAUGCAAAUUACGUUGAUGGUUACCACAGACCAAAUCACUACAUUGCUACACAAGGUCCAAUGCAGGAGACUGUCUUUGACUUCUGGAGGAUGGUGUGGCAAGAGAACACGGCAACAAUUGUCAUGGUGACCAACCUGGUAGAAGUUGGAAGGGUGAAGUGCUGUAAAUACUGGCCAGACGACACAGAGAUCUACAGAGACAUAAAGGUCACUCUGAUCGAGACUCAGCUUCUCUCAGAGUAUGUCAUCAGAACCUUCGCUGUAGAGAAGAGAGGAGCCCACGAGAUCCGAGAGAUCAGACAGUUUCACUUCACAGGCUGGCCAGAUCACGGCGUGCCGUACCACGCCACAGGCCUGCUGGGCUUCAUACGCAGGGUCAAAGCCAAGAACCCAGCCAACGCCGGCCCAAUCGUAGUCCACUGCAGCGCUGGGGCGGGACGCACGGGCUGUUUCAUUGUGAUUGACAUUAUGCUAGACAUGGCAGAGAGGGAGGGCGUGGUCGACAUCUAUAACUGUGUGAGAGAGCUGCGUUCCCGGAGAGUCAACAUGGUCCAAACAGAGGAGCAGUAUGUUUUUAUUCAUGAUGCCAUUCUGGAGGCGUGUCUCUGUGGUGACACCACUAUCCCAGCCAAUCAGCUUCGCUCUGUCUACUAUGACAUGAAUCGACUGGACCCGCAGACCAAUUCCAGUCCGAUAAAAGAAGAGUUCAGGACUCUCAACAUGGUAACACCAACGUUACGUGUCGAGGACUGCAGCAUUGCGCUGCUGCCACGGAACCACGAGAAGAACCGCUGCAUGGAUGUUCUGCCACCUGAUCGCUGUCUCCCGUUCCUAAUCACCAUCGACGGAGAGAGCAGUAACUACAUUAACGCUGCGCUUAUGGAUAGUUAUAAGCAGCCUUCCGCAUUCAUUGUUACCCAGCAUCCUUUACCAAACACAGUGAAAGACUUCUGGAGACUGGUGUUGGACUAUCACUGCACAUCCAUAGUGAUGCUCAAUGAUGUUGACCCUGCUCAGCUGUGCCCUCAGUACUGGCCAGAGAAUGGGGUUCAUCGGCACGGACCUCUCCAAGUGGAAUUCGUGUCAGCUGACCUAGAGGAAGACAUCAUCAGUAGAAUAUUCCGGAUCUACAAUGCAGCUCGGCCUCAGGAUGGCUAUCGUAUGGUGCAGCAGUUCCAGUUCCUGGGUUGGCCCAUGUACAGAGACACACCGGUGUCAAAGCGCUCCUUCCUCAAACUCAUCCACCAGGUGGAUAAAUGGCAAGAGGAAUACGACGGAGGGGAGGGCCGCACGGUGGUGCACUGCUUGAACGGCGGCGGUCGCAGUGGAACGUUCUGUGCCAUCAGCAUUGUCAGUGAAAUGCUCCGUCACCAGCACUCUGUGGACGUGUUCCACGCCGUAAAAACACUAAGGAACAACAAGCCCAACAUGGUGGACUUACUGGACCAGUAUAAGUUCUGCUACGAGGUGGCUUUGGAGUACCUGAGCUCGGGAUAA